UAAGAAAGGAAUUAAUAUUUAAUCGGAAAAGAAGUUUUAUAAAUGUUUAACGCUUCGAAUUGGAUAUGCAAUCACAGCAUUACCGUCUUUAUGUAUUUGUGCUACUUAUAAGCUCAAUAAUUCUGUCUAAUUUACUUUUCAUUUCCUUAAGAAACAAACAUGUCGGCUUUCAACAGGAACUUAGUUUAAAACAAAAUAAAUGCGAAAUUGCGAUACAUAAUACCUUGAAAUAUCAGGUUACAGACUACCGUUUAAAUAAACUAUUGACUGAAUGUGACCAAAAACAUCAUUUUGAUCGGAUCAUUUCAAUAUAUAAGGAGUUUGCUGCUAUUCUAGGAUGCCACUUUCAGCAGGUUUAAUGGAGAAUAAAAAGCCACUUGUCGCCCUUGCUAGUUUUCCUGGCUCAGGAAAUACUAUGAUAAGGAGGAUUAUUGAAUCAUUAACAGGCAUAUUAGUUGCAACAAACCAUAUUUCAACACAAUGCUCAUCAAGCGGCUUUUCGUUUGUUAUCAAAACUCAUGCAACAAAUUUUAAAGCUGGGGGCGAUGAUUGUAAGAAUUUGAACGUAAAAAGUCUAAACUACUUUAAAGCGAUUUACAUAAUCCGAAAUCCGUAUAAAGCUAUGUUAGCCGAAUAUAACAGAAGUAAUAAGUUGCAAGGGACACAAAUACCUCUGAUUUCUAAUGGCACUUACUUCGGAGAAAGAUGGAAGCAAUUUGUUGAACACGGAACAAUACGUUGGAAAGAAACGACGAUUUUUUGGAUAAAUUCCUAUAAGAAACCAGUACAUAUACUUUUUUACGAAAAUAUUUUAAAAGAUCGGUUCCGAGAGGUGUAUCAUUUAGCAAAUUUUAUAGGCGUAAAUAUUACAUUUAAGUCUCUUUUAUGUACCUUUAGUAAAUAUGUAGAGAAGGAAAAACGACAGUUUCCUAAUCAGGCAAUGGAAGUAGAUUUGUUUGAUAUUUAUGAUUCAGGUAUGCGAAGUAAAAUUAACAGUGUUAUUGUUUCGACAAUGAAAGCAGUAUAUUUAAAACAGUUAAAAAACUAUAUUCUUAAAGAGAACUCUUAAAAUAUCACUUUUUCAUGUUUGCAUUUUCCUAUGUAUGAUUUCACUAUACGUUCGUACUAUGAUGUUGAUUAUUGACGCAUUAGAUCUAAUACUCUUGCGUUGAUUGUGUAAGCUUUACUGUUUUGUUAAAUUAUAUGUGUAGUUAUCAUGUCAUUAGUAGAUGAUUUAAAGCAAAGUUUGAUAUGUAAAUACUAAUGCUUUUAGCUAAAGUAAAUAAUUUUAACUGUACUGCCAACAGCAACAAAUUAUAGACUAAAAUAAAAGAUAUUGUUUUAUUUCUUUUUCUUCAUAAAAAGUGCAUUAUGUAAUGUAAAACUACAGUUAUGCUCAUUGUUCUUGAAUGGUACUACAUGUACCAAAGAAUGGCAUAAAGUUGUUCCCAUUCUUGAUAAACAUUUCAUGUCACCCCAUUUGAAUAAAGUUGGCUUUUGUUUUUGAAUGAUUAUAAUUGUAGUCGAUAAAGAGUUAAUUUUGAGAUCGAUUAAAAUCUUCCGCAAUAUUUUUGUUUGAUUGUCACUUUAAAUAUUCUUACAUAAUUCGAAUAUUUUUAAACAUUUGCAUUUUGUUGCAAUCAAUGCUAUAAUGUAGUUCAAUCAAUAAAGUGGCUUGCAUAAAGAGUAAGUGAUUGCUAAAAUGUAUCAUCUUUGUUAAGAACAUUGAGUUGUCUAGACUUCCUAAAACAAUUGUUGUUUUCAAAUUCUAUUGAUAUUUUGCUCUAGAAACGAUACGGAAUACAUAAAAAAGUUUUUAUGUGUUAGUCUUGUCUGUUGAAUGGUGUACUAUCUAUUCAUUGUUUCUGUUUCUUUUAAUGUAACAUGUUGUCAAUUUGUAUUUUUUCCAUUAGAUAUCGAAGUAAUAGUAAAUUAAUUUUUGCGGUAUCGUCAUGUAAAAAUAUAGAUGAUAGAAAUUAUCAUUUUAUAAGUUGCAACAUAAUU